AUGCAGUGCAAGUACCUGAACAUGAAGCUCCACUGUGUGAUCCUGGGCGCUCUCCUUCUCCUGCUGCUGGGGGGCUGUGGCAGCACACUCAAGACCUCUGCCAUCGACCUGAGGACCUUCAUUGGCUGUGCCGUGCGAGAAUUCACCUUCCUGGCCAAGAAACCCGGGUGCCGGGGGCUGCGGGUGACCACGGACGCGUGCUGGGGGCGCUGCGAGACCUGGGAGAAACCGAUCCUGGAGCCGCCUUACAUCGAGUCCCACCACCGGAUCUGCACCUACAACGAGACCAAGAUGGUGACGGUGAAGCUGCCCAAGUGUGCCCCUGACGUGGAUCCCUUCUACACCUACCCCGUGGCCAUCCGGUGUGACUGUGACAUCUGCUCCACCGCCACCACCGAGUGUGAGACUUACUGAGCUCCCUCCACAGCUCAGGCAGGGAGGGGCUGAAUUCUCCCCCAGCUUCACACCCCUGGUACCUCCAGCGUUGCUGAGGAUGUAAAUCGGUCCUGAAUUUGAUCUCACCCUCUAAUGCUCCUAAUCAUUGACUUCUCUGGGCAGAUGAGGCUUAAUCUCCUCUCCUCGUGCUGUUCAAAGCAUUAUUGCUGUAGAAACCUAGUGCACAGCCUUACAACAGCAAAC